AUGCCUUUUGUCGGCGACGAUGUCCAUCGUGCCACGAAGCGCAAGUGGGAUCACGAUAAAGCCGAAGCCUUCAGAUUAUCGCAUUCCGCCAUCCACGUCUUGAACCAACACGCGACUCCAGAAAGCGGCGAUGCCAUCUCAACACGCAAGACGCUUCCCCCAACAAAGCGAUUCAGACCGAUCCACGACGACGACAAUGUUCACGCCCUCUCUUCACAUCGAAGAACCCCCUCUCGCGAACUAGCACAGGGCAUUCACGGCAAAGGACCUGUCAAAAUUAACGGCAUGGUUCUGAUGCCGUGCCAUGUUUGCCACCGCAGGCCCACCAAGAAAUCCGAUCUCGACUCUUUCGCCAGGUGCCAAUCGUGUCAAGAACAGACGUGCUUUGUCUGCAUGCGCGAGUGCCAGGGCCAGAACUCCAACAAAGGGCCAGUCUUGGAAGAUGAGGAUGUCCUCUCGCGAUCCUUUCACAUGGACGAUGCGGACGAAUGCAUGACGCCACCAAUACCAGACACCAACGAACAGAAAUAUAAUAAUGAUAAUGACUCCAAUGGACGACAGGGCGUGUCCGGCAGCGGAAAGGAAAAGGCAGCUACCAAGCCACGGUUGGAGCAUCGAACAGAAGAAUGUAUCUAG